AUGGCUACUGCUAUAGAGGCCUUCAAGAUGGAACUAAGGAAGGAUUCACCCUUCUAUGAAGACCUUGUGAUGACCCUAUGUAAGAGAUUGGACGAAUUCAGGUGCCGAGCAUUAACGUUCAUAAGGCUUAAAGAAGAUAAAGAAAUCCAGAAGAGAACCAACCAUUCAAGUCAAUACGAGAAUCCCAAUCGGAAAGAUGAAUCCUCGGCCCCAAGAUCAUACAAAUCGAAGCCCUAUUCCAAACCGGAUCAUUACAAGGUCAAUGCCCUCAAAGAUGAAGGAAAAGAAGAGAGACUUCCUAAGAUCACUGGCUAUUGUUUUUCUAUGGAUAUUUCAGGUAUAAUUCAUGUUAUGCAGGAUCUCGGAGUCAAAUUGAGAUGGCCGAAAAGGGAUAACAAGUCCACCAAUUGGAAAGACAGGUCCAAAUGGUGUGUUUACCAUGAAGGUUUCCAUCACAUGACGGAGGACUGUAUAGCCCUAAGAAAGGAGAUCAUCUACCUCCUUAGCAAGGGGCACCUCAAAGAGAUCCCCGGGAGAAAGAGAGAAGAAUCCAAGGAGAACAACCAGGAUGGUCACAAGAUUCCGGAGAAACCAGGAUUUCCACCCCCAAACACCAAGAUAAUUAACGUUAUCUCAGGCGGAUCUAACAUUUGA